AUGUGGAAUCAAAUAAAGUUUCUGCUGAAAAGGAAAAACAAAGACAGGAGAAGACCCUCACAGGCGAAGGUUACUUUGACACUCGAAACGGCUUCACCUCAACACCCAGAUAUUACAGAAAAGCUCCCAAGCGAUGUUUUAUCAAACAUAUUCAUCAGGUUAUUGGCAAAAGAAAUUGCUCAAUUGAGGUGUGUCUGUAAAUCUUGGAAUGCUCUGUUAUCCGAAUCCUCCUUCAUAAAAUCCCACCUCCAUCAUUCAAUCCAUCACAAGGACGAGAUUCUGUUGUUCUUCAGACAUGCAUUUUCUUUUGACCGGAGACCAUUCACAGCACACACCUCUCAUUCUCCCGAUCUCGAACUGACUAAUUUCAUCAAACUCCCGACAAGUCCCCAAUCUAAAGACACUAGGGGUGAUAUUAUUGGAUCCGUGAAUGGCUUAAUAUGCUUCAAAUACGGAUCAUAUGAUUAUGCAAUUCACAUUUGGAACCCUUCUCUGUCUAUGGUGUUAACUCUCCCACCAUAUUCUUUACCCAAGGAUGAGUGGAUGGUAAACCAUUUCCGAUUUGGGUAUGAUCCCAAAACUGAUGAUUACAAAGUGGUGAAGCUUACAAAACUUUCGGGUGCAAUCAGCAUGUUAUCACAAGUUGAGGUGUAUAGUAUGAGAAAGGGUUUGUGGCAGUUGAUAACUCAAAGGUUUCCAUCGAACAUCAAAUGGGUUUCUGAUGAAGAGGUAGUUUGUGUAGAUGGGCACGAAGGCCAUGUUCAUUGGCUUGGUUAUACUGAUAUGGAACAGAAGUUACAAACGAUAUUGGCAUUUGAUUUGGGUGCAGAGACAUUCCGUGAGAUACCUCUUCCAGAUUCUAUACUACAUCUCCAUGAAGAGUGCCUCAAUGCGAUGGGAGUUUUGGGUGGAAAGCUUUGUGUGAUGUCAUGCAUUUUUGAAGCUGGUAAAUGUGAGGUGUGGGAGAUGGAAGAGUAUGGGGUGACUGAAUCAUGGGUCAAACAUCAUGGGUUUUCCCAGUUUAGUGCUGAUAUAGUUCCAUAUGGAUUCACAUUACGUGGUGAAUUUCUUUUUCAAGUUGAUGAAGAUGCUAAUGAUGAUUGUCUUGUUUUGUAUGAUCCAAUUGCAGCCAUGGCUAAAAACUUCAAGAAAAUGGGUAGAAUAACUAUAAGUAAAGUUGUGGAGUAUGUUGACAGUCUUGUUUGGGUAGUACCUGAGGAGCGUGACAUAAGCUCCUGCAGCAUCUCCAAGUUUUAA